GCGGCCUGGUGUGGUGUAGUGGUGUGGUGUGUCAGUCGUUCGGUGGUUGAACUCUGUCGUAGAUAUCCGUCCACGAUUACUAAGCUUUGCCUUUUAACUCUCGUGUAUAUUGUCAUUACUGACUAAACAAUACAAUUAUUAUUAUUAUUGAUGACAUCCGUUUUUUUCCGCGCUUGGGCGUACUAAAUGAAAAAUUAACAAUGUUUGCGGCAAAUCAAACACCAUCAUUUUAUUAAUGACAAAUAUCUUUGAUAGUUCCACUAUCGAAUUCGUCUCGUGAUGCUGUUGCAAAAUGUAAACAACAUACUGCGUAAUUCCGAACGUAACAACUCCUUACCAGAAGCCACAGCGGAAAAUCAAAUCUCCGAAGAAAAGUUACAAGAAGAAUGUAGCAGAGCUUUGCAUAUUUUGGACUCGGCUCCUGCUCCGGGAUGGACAGCUCACGCUACUAAAGACGGUCGAUUGUAUUAUUGCAAUCAUAUUACGCGUACUGCUGGCUGGCUACCACCGGCAGACGUAUGGAAAAAUGGAAAAGAUUCCUUGCCAUAUGGAUGGGAACGGGCAGUCGACGAUACUGGAAAAUCUUACUAUAUUAAUCACGUUAACAAAACAACAACCUAUGAAACGCCCGCAUAUAAACUCACCGAAAACCUCCCGAUACCCAAACCGAGAACCCUGGUAUUGGAAAGGUCUACAAAUUUGGGAUUUGGAUUCGUCGCAGGCUCGGAAAAACCUGUCAUCGUGAGAUUUGUUACUGAAGGAGGACCAAGUGCAAGUAAAUUACUUCCAGGUGAUCAGAUUUUAUCAGUUAAUGGAGAGGAUGUGAGAGCUGCUCCCAGAGAGCAUGUAAUUGCGUUAGUUCGUUCGUGUACACAAAAGGUGACCUUGGAAGUUUGUCAACCGACAGAGCAACAGGGUGUAAGGAAAUCGACCCUUUUAUCGGCUACAAAAAGGGCGAGAUUGAAAUGUAAACCAUCCAGAGUUCGAUUUGCCGAAAGUGUUUGCGUGAACGGAGCUCCACUGUUUCCUCCUUCAGCGUUUUCUUUGGGCGAUAUAUGCGUGCCGCAAAUGGCCAACGUCCUGAAAGUAUUUUUAGAAAAUGGCCAAACUAAAAGUUUCAAGUACGACACGUGGACUACCGUCCAGGAUGUGGUCAAUUCUUUGCAAGCGAAGUUAUGCAUUCAGGCAUCGGAAUAUUUCAGUCUUGUUGUCGAACAUAUUAAAAGUUUGAAAAGGAACAAGCUGACGCUCCUAGAUCCGCAAGAUUCAAUAGCCAGAAUCGCGUCCCAACCAGGAGCUCACAAAUUAAGAUGUUUGUUUCGAGUUACAUUUGUGCCAAUAACGGCGGCAUCUUUAGCUCAAAAAGACCUCAAUGCUCUGGAUUAUUUGUACAGCCAGUGCUGUAAUGAUGUUAUCCAGGAAAGAUUUUCGCCCGAAUUACAGUACGACACUGCGCUACGAUUGGCCGCUUUGCACAUGUACCAACACGCUUUGGCCAAUAACAUGCAAGCGAAUAAAUUAACUGUGAAAAUUGUCGAAAAAGAAUUCGGUUUAGAUCGUUUCAUCCCAGCCUCAAUCCUUGACAAUUUGAAACGUAAAGAAAUCCGCAAAUUGUUGGGCCAUUUUUUGAAACUACACGCAAACAUGACCGGUUCCGGUAAACAAUUAACAUCGUUACAAGUCAAAUUACAUUAUUUGGAUAUUACAAGUCAAUUGCCCAGUUACGGUGCUAAGUGUUUCUCGGCCGGACCCAAGGGUGAAACUAUGGAAAAAGUGAUUUUGGUCAGUCCCAAGUUUGGCAUCAGUCAAAUUACUGGUCAUCGAAAUUCCGUGUUUCAGCCGGUGCCAUUAGCCAAUAUAGAAGACUCGAGGAAAAUCGAAGUGAAAACCGAAGAUGAAGUUACUCGUGUUGUACUAAUCACAUUGGAAAAUGAUAGAAUAUUGGAAAUCACUUUGGAUGAAAAAGAUGCUAUAGAAUUAGUGUUAGUACUUAAAGGUUACUACACAUUAAUAACUAGCAAAGACUUACCAGUUGAUCAAGAAAAAGUCCAAGAAGUAGACGACGUAGCCCCGCCAUAUUUAUCUCAGCACAAAGUCAUACCGGAAAAAUGGAGUUAUGUCGAUCAAGCUUCAAUUAAACCGGCCACUUUUGCUAGUCCGCCAAUUUAUCAGAACAUUAACAAAAAAACGAAUGGUUUAUACAACACAAUGGGCAGGCAUUCAAAACCUUCUUUGUUAUACCAUUACAGUUUAGAUGGCAAUAUGAAUAAUUCAUUGACGAAUAGGAAUCAUCAAAAAUUGAAUGAAUUUACUGGGUUUAAGAGUAUGGAACAAGAACCCGAGUACUUUAGUAUGCCAAACAAAACGGAGUUCUCUCACGAUCCACCCAACAACCGACUGAGCUUUUCAGCCGAAUGGCAAGAAACCAGUGUGGAUUUCGACAGCGACGCCGAAGAAGGUGGAAAACUCAAACACAGCGACUCAUUAAUCCUCCUGAACAAAAUUCACAAAGAUGACAAUAACAAAUCGCUCAUCAACAAUGGCACAACCGAUUUAUUAAGACAAAUACAAUCGGAAAGCGAUAAUGAUUCGCUCUACACCCCGCACGAUUCACCGAAAUUCAAAAAAGAAGACUUGCAAAACAACAUGAGUUUCGGUUUAAGAUCGCCGAAUACUUUAGACAAUGACAAACAAGAAUUUCAACAAUAUUUAAAGCGUAUUUGUGAUAUGGAAAAUUAUACUACUAGCGUUCAGUCUGAUAUACUGAAAUCGAUUAAUGGCAUGUUUGUGUUUGAUCCUGAUAUUAUUGAUUUGACGUUCAUCCCGCCACCGAUUACUCCGGACGAAUUGGAUUCUGCUCUACCUAGUUCUAUAAGUGUACCGCCCAAACUAUUUGCUGACUCUAUGGAACGAUUAAAUAUGUUAGAUUUAAAUGAAAAUCAAGAUUUAGAAGAAUUUCUAGCCAGCGUUAGCAUUCCGCUUCCCAUGCAAAAAGUAACUCCUGCAAUGGAGUUAACCCCAGAAGAAAUCAUGGCUUACAUCAUACCUCCGCCUCCUGAAAGAUUGAGCUUUGAUGAUGGGGAUGAAGAGCCAGCAAAUGAUCAAAAACCAAACAAGUCAAUUCUUCAUGACGUUUUGCUCAGAACUAAUAAGCCUGUAACCGACAAUGGAGAAGUUACUUCUUUAAAACCAUUACCACGAAGAAGUUUCGAUGAAAAACCACCAGAAAGACCUCCAAAGGAGUUUUUACGGGAUCGCCUCAGCAGCUUGCCAUUGGACAUUUCAAAUAUACCAGCACCUGAGCUACCACCACGUAAUCAGUUGAUAAAUCAGCCGAUUACGGUACGUCCAGCAUUACCUCCAAAGAAACAUCAGUUACCUCAAUUACCCCUUGUUUCAUCGUUGAACGAUGAAUACAAUACAAAAUUCAAAGAUGACAAAGCAAGUACUAAUAAAAAUUUAGACAUUAAAGACCAAAGAACAUUGAAAGAAGCUAAGAAUGCAGUCUCGACGCCCAUAUCUUCAUAUGUAGGUAAACCUGCUCCAAUAUCAGUAGUACCCUUGAAUGUAGACUCAGAUAAUGCAGCAAAUAAUCAAAAGGAUUCUAGUCAUGAUCAAAAACAAAUUUUAAAUCCAAAUUCAGAAGAGCUCCUGUCAAAAACUGAAUUGGCUCUUAAUGAGCUGUUGAGUCGUCUUAAACAAGCUUCCAUUAAGUGCCUUGGACGCAUUAAAACCACUGACACUUCGUUAUUGGAAAAGCAAAUGCAGAAAACCAAAGAAGACUUAACAAACCAAUCCCUUCAAUUAGUAACUUCAAGUAAGCAACUGGUAAUCGCCAUGUCAGAUCCGUCUCUGCCCGAUUUAUUUGAAAAGUUAGCGAUAUGCUUAACAAUAUUAAAAAGACUAACCGAACUGUGCCAAGAUCUCGUCACUAAUACCACUACAGCCCCGCUACAGACCAGAAAUUUGAUUACCAACGUCUACGAUCUUGUAGAAGCUUUUCGAUUGUUUAUAAUGUCAAAAAUUGACAGAAGCUCCCCCAAGACUGUAGAAGAGCAUUUAGCUUCACACGCCGAGACUUUGGCAAAUAUUUUAUCCACGUUGUUACGUCAUUUAAGAGUUUUUCCAUCGUAAAUUAUUAUUGUUAUGAAAAUUAACCACGGUAUACUCGAAUACAAAAAUUGUUAUCCAAAGAUGUAAAGUUGAUAUUAUUAAUAAUUACAAUUAUAUUAGUCCAUUUAGAUCUAUACUCUAUAUGGCAAAAGUCUGUAAUAAAAUAAAUAUUAAAUAAAAU